CAUGCAAUAGACACUGAGUUCAAUCUGCCCCUGUUAGAGGGGUGUGUGGGCCACUUACUCUGUUCGAAGAGGGAGUUCCAUCAGCCGGAAUGUCUCCUCUACUAUUCUUCGGGAGGUCAUACAGAUCCAUCGGAGAUGACACAUUCAUCGCAGCCUUCGAAGACACCACGCUACCCUAUGACUUUUGGACCCACAAGGCACAUCUGCGCAUGGGGUGGAACUACCUCAAACAAUACGACAUGCACACCGCCCUCAAUAAGGUGCGAGAAGGUAUCCGUAAAUUCAACAGCACAAACAGAGACAAGAUCAUCUUCGGGUACAGUGAGACCAUCUCCGUUUUCUACCUCUCCAUGGUCAACAAUGCCAUCAAGGAUUCCCCCGCUGACAGUCUGGAGUCCUUCGAGGAGUUUCUAAGUCGGAACCCUCACUUGCAGGAUACGAGUCUGCCUUUCUCAUACUACUCCAAGGAGGUGUUCUUGAGUGAGGAAGCAAAGCGAACAUUCGUACCUCCAGAUGUCAAAAACUUCGACAACCUAUUAACUAAAGUUGCUGUCGAAUGAUGCGGCAUCUAGAAGAAAAAAGGUCACUUGUCGGCAUUAGUACUUAUCACAUGCUAACAGGCUGAUGGAAUGCCGGGUCAAGUUGCGCUGAGUUAAAUCCUUGAUAAUCGUAAAUUGCUUAUGGUUCAAAAAAUGAAAUUGUAUUGUCAAUAAGGUACCAAUUGCUUUGAUAUACAUUGCUGGUGUGUUUAGUUGAAAUGAUUCUAGUCCACUUCAAACGUUUGUUGCGAUAAUCGGUUUACAUGUAGGUUUAAGUCAAAGUUGAUCUUGA